UAAGAGGAAUUUUAUUUCUACUCUUUCUGGAACUUGGCAGAUCUGCAGAAUUGCCCACCGUGACCAAGGCAAGAAAUAUUUUAAAAUUUAUGAAUGCAGCUGCUGAUCCGUGUAAAAAUUUCUAUGAAUUUUCGUGCGGUAAUUUUCCACGUAUCUAUCCGGCCACUUUAAGUCAUCAGGCGGAGACAAGUGUUUUGGGAAACCUGCAGGCUGACUUGGAACAUAUUAUGUUCUCCAUGCUGAACAGUCCGAAUGUAACAUUGGAUACUGUGAGCGAACGAAAAGUGAAAGAUUUUUAUAAUUCAUGCCUGGAUAUCAGCCAAUCGGGAUGGUCGUAUGUUACCAAAUUGAAGGAGAUCAUUGCAGAAUUUGGACAAAUGCCGGUUUUAGAUGAAAAUUGGUCCGAAACGGACUUUGAUUGGCUGAAAACUGUGGCAGAGAUUUCCCAAAAGUAUGAUUUGCAAAUAAUUGUGGGCAGAUAUGUACGCAAAGAUUCCCACGAUAGAAGACGACGGAACACAGUGUAUUUUGAUUUACCCUCAUUUGGUUUGGCAAAGCCCGAAAUGUAUUUGAAUCCUGCCUAUAAGGUAAUGCUGGAAGAAUAUCGAUCGGCAAUUAUUCAACAUUUGAGAAAUUAUUUGGGAGUGGAAGAAAUACUCUCCGAAAUGGUGGCCCAAGAGAUUUUGGGUUUUGAGGUGGCUUUGGCUAUGGCCACCACAAAUGACACCAGUACUCUCUCUCACCCUUAUGAAUAUGUGGACUAUUUGAAAAGAGAAUAUCCCGAUGAAUUGGAUUUGUUGAAAUAUUUGGAAAUUACACUGGAUGACACCCUGCCCAAGGGGAAAAUUUUCGAUAUGUGUCCCGUUUACCAUAAAAAUCUAAUCAAACUUAUGAAACGUACCCCCAAGAAAAUUGUGGCAAAUUAUAUUUUCUAUUCAUUGUUGAGGAAUUUUAUGCUGACACCCUUUCCAUACUCCUACGAAGCCUUGCAAAGGGGCUGUGUUGGUCUAACACGAAGACAUUUCAGCUCGAUUGUCGACAAUAUGGUCUAUCAUCGCACCAAUGUCAAGGAUGCCGAACAGGCUGUCAUAAACAUGGUCUACGAUUUGCGUACCGUAAUGGAAUUUUCUUUGCGCCAAAACGAUCGGUUAUCGGAAAAACUACAAAAACGUAUCAAGCAAAAACUAAAGGCCCUGAAGGUGAAAAUAAAAUCCCACGAAAAUAGUGAUGGUUUCCAAAAAUAUGAACAAUUACUUAUCGAUGUAAAUGACAUUUGUGGUAAUUUGAAAUCGAUAUUUAUUUUGAAAUCCAUGGAAAUCAAAGAAAAUUUAAAUUCCACUACCCCAACAAGCUACCUCGAUUCCAUAUCCCCAAGUCUCCUGCCGAGAUACAUAAAAGAAGAAAACACACUAUUGGUGCCGGUGGGCUUCUUACAGCCCCUCUUUUUCUGGCACUCUACAUAUCCCGUUUCCAUAAAAUUAAGUCAACUGGGAUUUUUCCUGGCCCACGAAAUGCUACAUGCCAUAGACGAGGAAGGCAUCUUCUAUGACCCCGAUGGCCAAUAUAGUUAUUGGAACAAUGGAAAACUUCCCGAUACCUUGAUCAUGCGCCGUAACUGUUAUUCACAACUCCAACAAACUAGUAGUUACAUUUAUGCAGGAACUAAAUUACCCGAAUUACAGCCAGAAUUGGAAAACAUUGUUGAUGCUGAAGGUCUACGUUGGGCCUACAAGACCUUUGCAACGUGGUACAACAGUCCAUUGCUAGUUGGCUUGAAUAUAUCCAGCGAAGCUUUGCCCAAUUUGCAAUACCAAAAUCACCAAUUGUUUUUCAUUCAUUUUGCCCAACUAUGGUGUAAUGAUAUUAAUCACGCGGUCACAGGCCUGCCAUUUGUGCCCAAUGGAGAAUACAUAUCGGGAAGCUUAAAAGUGAUGUCCAUUCUAACGAAUGUCAAGGAAUUCUAUGAGACAUUUCAUUGUGAGAGGCCUAAGAGAACAUUUGAGUGCGAGGUGUAUUAA